CAGAAUAACGGAAUCAAGAGUGGAGGUGGUUCUUAUCCACGGGGAGCUUGCAAUUAUCCACAACCACUGCUGCAAAGGGAGAGAGAAAACUUGGAGUCAGCUCCCAGCACGGGAUGACUUAAGCCACCGGGAGGUUCCCGGAUGAGGGGAUGAGCGCUGAAGGAUAAUAAGGCUGCCUCUGUCUUCUCUUCCAGCUGGUCCCCUCUGCCCGCCGGUGCUGCGGUUCCCAACCCUGAGUGACCAUGGGUGACAUGAACUUGAACUCUGACCCCUCCUCCUGCCCGUCCUCCCCUCUGUCCCCCUCUGGUGUCUCCCCUCCCUUGCUGGAGUCCUCCUCCUCCUCCACCCUCCCCUUCAGAAAUGGAGUCAUGUCUUUCAUGCUUUCUGUAAGCGCGGAGCAUCUACAGAGGUUCAAGCAGCUUUUGGUGGAGGAGAACCCCAGACCCGGCUGCACCCCGCUCACCUGGGACCAGCUGAAGUCAGCCCGCUGCGGGGAGCUGGUUCAUCUGCUGACUGAGUACUUCCCGGGACAACGUGCCUGGGAGGUGGCUCGUGACAUCUUCGCCAAGAUGAACCAGACAGAGCUGUGUCUUCAGACACAGAGGGAGCUGAACGAAAUUUUACCUAACUUGGAACCAGAGGCCUUGAGCCUGAGAAAGAGGGAGCUGACUUUGGAGGAAGAUGAGUCUGAUAAAAUUCGGGAGUACAAGGCACGUGUGAUGAGUGAGCACUCAACCCUGUGGGACAGGACAUCUUGGCCUGGGAACAACAUGGACUUCUUUUACCAAGAGCCCUGCAGAGAAGACACACUCCUGCAGUGUCUUCUUCUCCCCAGAAAGCCCCAAGGAAGACAGCCCAAGACCGUGGUCCUUCAGGGAGACUCCGGCGUCGGGAAAACCACCAUAGCCAAAAAAGUGAUGCAGCAGUGGGCAGAGAACAAGUUCUACGCCCACAAGGGCUGGCUCGCUUUCUACCUCCACUGCCAGGAUAUGGACCGGCCGGAGGAGCAGAGCUUCUCCGAGCUGAUCGCCUGCAAGUUGUCCGGGUCUCCGGCUCUCGCGUCUAGGAUCCUUUCCCACCCAGAACACCUCCUCCUCCUGCUGGAUGGCUUCGAGGAACUAACCUUGACCCUCAUAGACAGACAGGAGGACCUGAGAGAAGACUGGAGCCAGAAGAUGCCAGGCUCCGUCCUCCUGACCAGUCUGUUGAGCAAAAGGAUGCUCCCUGAUGCCACGAUCAUCGUCUUCCUGAGGUUCAGCUUGUGGAAGACCGUGAGCCCCUUUCUGAACAGUCCCUCUCUGAUCACCCUGAUGGGCUUCAGUGCACCUGAGAGAUCCAGGUACUUCAGGUCGUACUUCAAAAACAGGCGCGAUGCCGACGCAGCCUUGCGUUUCGCCAUGGGCAACGCGGUCCUCUUCUCCAUGUGCCGAGUCCCCGUCAUCUGCUGGCUGGUCUGCUCUUGUCUGAAGCAACAGAUGGAGAGAGGAAGCAGCCUGCCGCGGGCAUUCCCCAACGCCACGGCCGUGUUCAUCCACUACCUCUCCAGCCUGUUGCCAACCAGGGUGAGGCAUGUCGUCGGCGAGACCCCCCAGGAGCAGUUGAAACGCCUGUGCUCCUUGGCUGUGGAGGGCAUGUGGAAGAACCAGUGGGUGUUCAGUGAGAUGGACCUCAACCUGGCCAGACUGGACGAAAGGGACAUCGAGGUGUUUCUUGGGGUGAGGGUCCUCCGGAGGGCGGUGGCCGGCGGGGACCUCGUCGCCUUCGCCCACCCGAGCUUCCAGGAGUUCUUUGCUGCCCUGCUAUUCGUCCUCUGCUUCCCACAGAGGCUCAGGAAUUUCCAAGUGUUGGACCACUUCCGCAUCUUACAGCUGCUUGCUCAUCCUGGGAGAAGGAAAAACCACCUGGCCGGGAUGGCGCUGUUCCUGUUUGGCCUGUUGAAUGACACGUGCGCCCUAGCCGUGGAGCAGCUGUUUGGGUGCAAGGUGUCCCUGGGGAACAAGAGGAAACUGCUGAAGGUCGCCACCAUGCCGCCCGACGGUGACCCCCCAACCCCACACCACGGGCUCCCCCAGCUGUUCUACUGUCUGCACGAGAUCCGGGAGGAGGUCUUCGUGGGUCAGAUCCUCCACGACCACCGUAAGUCUCUGCUGGUCAUCAGCAAGAUCAGAGACCUGCAGGUCUCCGCUUUCUGCCUCAAGUUCUGCCGACAGCUGCGGGAGUUAGAACUGACCGUCGCCUGGGCCGUCGCCAAAGCCACCAGCCUCUUGCCAGGCCCUCUUCCUUCCCCCCAACCAGAAGGCAGUGAGAGGCGUUCUCUCUGGUGGCAAGACUUCUGCUCUGUGUUUAAGACACACGAGAGUUUGGAAGUCCUGACUGUGAGAGACAGUGUGAUGGACACGGAGGCCGUGGAGACUCUUGCCGCAGCACUGAGGCAUCCCCACUGUAACCUCCGGAAACUGAUCUUUAAGCGUGUGGGCUCUCUCGUGGUGAGUGAAGGCAUCAUCAGAGUUUUGGUGGAAAACCAGUACCUGAGACACUUGGAAAUACAAGACACGGAAGUGGGAUGCCAAGUGAUAGACGCUCUCUGCAACACCCUGAAACACCCAUGGUGUUUUCUGCAGUUUCUCAGGCUGGAAGGUUGCCCGUUCGACCCCACCAACGGAGCUGAGCUCACCAGGAGUCUCAAGAGGAACAUCCAUCUGAAGACCCUGAUGCUGAGACGUGUCUCCCUGGAGAGGGGCGAGCAGUGUCCCCCCGUGCUGGCGCCCCAGCUGGAGAGGCUGUCGCUGGAGAAUUGUGACCUCACGCCGCUUUCCUGCGGAAGUCUUGCCUUUUCUCUCGUGAGUAACCAGAGUCUGACCCACCUGAGCCUGGCAGAAAACGCCUUGCAGGAUGACGGGGUGAAGCAGCUCUGGAACAUCUUGGGACAUUUUCCGUCUCCUCUGCAGAGGCUGGUGCUGAGGAAUUGCGCCCUGACCUCCGAGUGCUGUCAAGAUAUAGCAUCUGCUCUUGAUAAAAAUAAAACCCUGAGAAGUCUGGACCUUGGCAGUAACAGCCUGAGGGACAGCGGCGUGGUCCUGCUGUGUCAGCCCCUGUUGAACCCUGACUCUGGCCUCCAGGUUCUCGACAUCAGGUCCAAUGAGUUGGCUCUCCGCAUCAGGUGGCCAAAGCACUGGAGCUUCAGCAUCAGUCCUUCCAAUGAGUAUUCAGGACUGAUUUCCUUUAGGAUGGACUGGUUGGAUCUCCUUUCUGCCCAAGGGAGUCUCAAGAGUCUUCUCCAGCACCACAGUUUGAAAGCAUUAGACUAUUCAGAAGGAAAUGAGGCUGGAGGAGUGCCAGUUCACUUCCGUCUGCUGCCCAGCCCUGACCUCCGUGCUCCUCCACAACCGGACCCUGCGGCACCUGGACCUCAGCGGAAACGGCGUCGGGCUCCGGGGCGCCAAGCUCCUGCAGGACGCCGCCCUGAAGAGGGUGCUCCGCCCCGAGGUCGUCCUGUACGUCCCCGCAGCUUCCGGAAGAAGAAACAAAGCAAUGGAGUGGACAUGACGAGAAGACUGGAGGGCCCAGUGGUGAACAAGGAUGUCCUGAAGAUGGUCCAGGACUGGACAGAUGAGUUCUGUGAUCAGGCCUCAGGGAUGGUUUGAUCUCGUGACCCCAGCCCCCUGCCCUGGAUAUAGUUGUGGGUUUUUUUCCUGAUGAAAAUCGGGAAUCGGUUGCCUUGUCUGUGGGCCAUUCUGAGUCUGGGAUGGUGCAGUUAGUUCCAGGAGAUGUUAUGGAGCAUGAUCUGCAAACAGCCCCCUGGGAGAUACUGAAGGUUGUGUGUCCAACAGAGAUUAGUCAUGGAAUUGGGGUCACCAUGGUAAGGAGCGUUCCAGCUCAUGUCUACUCCUGGCUUCCAGAUGUCUUUGAAUAUGUCCUGUUAACAGUGUCACAGACUCACCUACUGGGGUAUUGCAAGAAUUGAAUUAAAAAUGUGCAUGAAUGCAA